UGAGCAGCGGCGAUCGCGGUCGCACCGCUCCCCCUCUACCCGGGGCUGUGAGUGCGUCCGUUUCGUUUGCCCACCGAGACCUGCCUGGUGUCGUUGCCAUGGCCGAAGCGCGGAAAUUCACCAAACGACUCAGCAAGCCCGGGACAGCGGCUGAGCUCCGGCAGAGCGUGUCAGAGGCAGUGAGGAGUUCCGUGGUGAUGGAAAAGGCUAAGGUUGUUGAGCCUCUGGACUAUGAACGUGUUAUUGCUGAGAAGAAAGUACAGAUUAACAGUGACCCUCACAGAGACCUGCUUAUGUUCCCCAUGGAUGAUGUAUCUAUCUCAGUGAUAGAUCGCCAGCAGAGAACAGUUCAUUCUACUGUACCAAGAGAUGCUGAAAAGAUGGCCCAGAGUUUAUUUGUCAAAGAGUGUAUUAAAACCUAUAGCACAGACUGUCACGUGGUCACGUACAAGCAUGAACACUUCUCUGGGAACUUUCGACUCUUGCCGCACAAAAUUCUGACAUCAGGAAAUAGUCCUUUUCAUGUUUUUGAAAUUGAUGAACCCAUUGAGAGAGAUGAGGAUCCAUUUUUUAGUUCUACAAGGGGCAGUGACAUAAAACAAGGCUGGUUACAUAAAGCAAAUAUAAAUAAUGCCAUCACAGCUACCAUGAAGGUAUUCAAGAGACGAUAUUUUUACUUGUCUCGACUUGUGGAGGGUUCUUACUAUCUCCAUUUCUAUAAAGAUGACAAAAGUCAACAAGACCCUAAAGAUUGCAUCUUCUUCGAUUCCUGCAUUGAUGUUGUUCAGUGCCCCAGAAUGCGCCGUUAUGCUUUUGAACUGAAGAUGUUAGAUAGGUGCAGCUAUUAUCUGGCAGCUGAAACGGAGCAGGAAAUGGAAGAAUGGAUGAUAAUUUUGAGAAAGAUUAUUCAGGUCAAUACUGAAAAUGUAGUGCAAGAGAAAAAGGAAACAGUAGAAACUACUCAAGAUGAUGAAACUCACAGCCAAGGAAAAGCCAGUUUGGAAAGGAGCAUGCAUCCGGAACUGAUGAAGUAUGGAAGCGAAACAGAACAACUAAACAAACUCAAUAGAAGAGAAGGAAGACACAAUCUUCUUGCUUUGGACCCAGUAGUUCAGAUGCUGGGCAUUUCUCAAAAUGAACCUGAUGUAAAGCCACUGGAAGAAAAGUAUAAUGCACGUUUCUUGGUAAAUUGCCAUGAUUUAACUUUCUAUAUCUUGGGUCACAUUGGAGACAAUGCAGAAGGAUCACCCACAAAUGUUGAACCUUUCUUUAUCAAUCUUGCCUUAUUUGAUGUAAAGAACAACUGUAAGAUUUCAGCUGAUUUUCAUGUAGACCUGAACCCGCCAUGUGUUCGUGACAUGCUGCCUAGUCUUUCAGCCAAUGAUGGAAACCCAGAGGGCUCUUCACCUGAGUCUUUCAUUCAUGGAAUUGCUGAAUCACAGUUACGCUGUAUAAAGCAGGGCAUUUUCUCAGUGUCAAAUCCACAUCCUGAAAUUUUUCUAGUUGCCAGAAUCGAAAAGGUGUUACAGGGAAACAUCACACAUUGUGCUGAACCCUACAUCAAAAAUACAGAUGCAGCAAAGACAUCCCAGAAGGUGCACAGGACAGCUAAGCAAGUGUGUAGCCGCCUUGGACAAUACAGAAUGCCCUUUGCUUGGGCUGCCAGAUCCAUAUUCAAAGAUACUCAAGGUUCAUUGGAUCUGGAUGCAACAUUUUCUCCUUUCUAUAAACAAGACAGUAGCAAGCUUUCAAAUGAAGACAUCUUCAAGUUUCUCUCAGAACACAAAAAGCCAGAGAAGACCAAAUUGCAGAUUAUUCCCGGGUUGCUAAAUAUCACAGUGGAGUGUGUACCUAUGGAUUUAUCAAAUUGUGUUACUUCAUCAUAUAUGCCCCUGAAGCCUUUUGAACAGGAUUGUCAAAAUAUUACUGUGGAGGUGGAAGAGUUUGUCCCAGAAAUGACAAAGUAUUAUUACCCAUUUAGUAUUUACAAAAACCAUCUGUAUGUCUAUCCGUUGCAAUUAAAAUAUGAUAGCCAGAAAACAUUUGCCAAGGCAAGGAACAUUGCAGUCUGUGUGGAAUUCCGAGACUCAGAUGAAAGUGAUGCUUGCUCACAAAAGUGCAUUUAUGGAAAACCUCAAGGGCCUGUUUUUACCACCAAGGCAUAUGCUGUUGUCUCACAUCACAACCAAAAUCCAGAGUUCUACGAUGAGAUUAAAAUUGAGCUUCCCAUUGACCUGCAUCCUAAACAUCACCUGCUUUUCACUUUUUAUCAUGUAAGUUGUGAAAUUACCACAAAGGGAGCAAGCAAAAAACAGGACACAAUUGAAACUCCAGUGGGGUUUGCCUGGGUGCCUUUGCUGAAGGAUGGUAGAAUCGUCACAUUUGAACAACAGCUGCCAGUUUCGGCCAAUCUUCCCCCAGGCUACUUGAAUCUGAAUGAUGCAGAAUCAAGAAGGCAGUCAAAUGUGGAUAUUAAGUGGGUAGAUGGUGGAAAACCUUUGUUGAAGAUUAAAAGCCAUUUAGAGUCUACUAUUUAUACUGAAGAUCUGCAUGUGCACAGAUUCUUCCAUCGUUGCCAGCUGAUUCAGUCAGGCUCCGAAGAAGCUCCAUGUGAGCUCAUUAAAUGUAUAAAGUGUUUGCAUGCCAUGGAGAUCCAAGUCAUGAUACAGUUUCUACCUGUAAUUCUUAUGCAACUCUUCCGAGUUCUCACAAAUAUGAUCCAUGAAGGUGAUGUUCCUAUCAACUGCACCAAGGUCAUCUUACAUAUUGUUUCAAAAUGCCAUGAAGAAGGCUUGGAUAAUUAUUUAAGAUCCUUCAUAAAGUAUAGCUUCCGACCCGAGAAGCCAAAUGAUCCUAAGUCCCAGCUAAUACAUGAAACCCUGGCCACUAUGAUGAUAGCUAUAUUGAAACAGUCUGCAGAUUUCUUACCAAUAAAUAAACUGCUAAAGUAUUCAUGGUUUUUCUUUGAACUAAUUGCAAAGUCAAUGGCCACAUACUUAUUUGAAGAGAAUAAAAUCAAGCUUCCCAGGAACCAGAGAUUUCCAGAGGAAUACCAUUGCCUCUUACAGUCGGUGCUGUUCGCCAUAAUUCCCCAUGUGACUAUUCGCUACGCAGAGAUUCCUGAUGAGUCAAGAAAUGUGAAUUAUAGUUUGGCUAAUUUUCUGAAGCGCUGUUUGACCCUGAUGGAUAGAGGAUUUAUUUUCCAUUUGAUAAAUGACUAUAUAUCUGGAUUCAGCCCCAAAGACCCUAAGGUUCUGGCUGAAUACAAAUUUGAAUUUCUACAAACAAUUUGUAAUCACGAACAUUAUAUACCUCUGAACUUGCCAAUGACAUUUGCAAAACCUAAACGGAGAAUUCAAGAUAUUUAUUCAUUUGUGGUGGACUGUUUGACUUCAGUAGAUUCAAAUCUUGAAUACAGUUUAUCAGAUGAGUAUUGCAAGAAUCAUUUCUUGGUUGGUCUGCUUCUGAGGGAAACCUCCAUUGCUCUUCAAGACAAUUAUGAGAUAAGAUACACAGCUAUCUCUGUAAUAAAGAAUCUUUUGACAAAGCAUGCAUUUGACACUCGAUACCAGCACAAGAACCUACAAGCUAAAAUAGCACAAUUGUACCUCCCAUUUGUUGGUCUACUCUUGGAAAAUAUUGAGCUACUUGCUGGUCGAGACAUCUUGUAUUCCUGCACAGCCAUGCCAAACUCUGCAUCCAGGGAUGAGUUUCCAUGUGGCUUUACUUCACCUGCAAACAGAGGGAGUCUGAGCACUGCCUAUGGAUCUUUUCAAAAUGACCGUGGAAUUAGGAGGGAAGAUUCGAGAGGUUCUCUUGUCCCAGAAGGAGCAACAGGCUCUCCAGAUCAGGGCAGCACUAGUGAACAUACCCGGCAGAGUUCUAUAAGGAAUAGUGUAUCCCAGUAUAACCAGCUGGAUCAGAAUGAAAUCAAAAGCCUCUUGAUGUGCUACCUGAAUAUAGUAAAAACGAUUUCUGAAGAUACUCUCUUCGCUUACUGGAAUAAACUAUCUCCUCAGGAGCUCAUGAACAUUCUCACACUUCUAGAAGUAUGUUUGUUUCACUUUAGAUAUUUGGGGAAAAGAAACAUAUCAAGGCUUCAGGAUUCCUCGUUGUGCAAACACUUGGGAAUAGACCGUAAAUCACAAACUAUGCCAGCAGUUCGAAACAGAUCGGGAGUAAUGCAGGCCCGGCUUCAGCAUCUUAGUAGCUUAGAAAGUUCCUUUACACUCAGUCACAGUUUUACAACAACUGAAGAAGAUAUCUUCCACCAGGCUCUUCUUGAAGGCAACAUAGCUACUGAAGUUUCCCUAACAGUACUAGAUAUCAUAUCAUUUUUCACUCAGUGCUUCAAGAACCAACUCUUAAAUAAUGAUGGCCAUAACCCAUUAAUGAAAAAAGUAUUUGACAUUCAUCUUGCUUUUCUUAAAAUUGGACAAUCUGAAGCAACACUAAAGCAUGUAUUUGCCUCUCUAAGAGCUUUCAUCAGUCAGUUUCCCUCAGCUUUUUUCAAAGGGAGAGUGAACAUGUGUGCAGCAUUUUGCCAUGAGGUUUUAAAGUGUUGCACCUCAAAGAUUAGCUCAACUAGGAGUGAAGCCUCUGCACUUCUGUAUUUUCUGAUGAAAAAUAACUUUGAAUAUACCAAGAGGAAAACCUUUUUGAGGACACAUCUGCAGAUCAUAAUUGCUGUGAGCCAGCUGGUAGCUGAUGUACCACUAAGCAGAGGAGCAAGAUUUCAGGAGUCUUUGUUCAUUAUCAAUAAUUUUGCAAAUAGUGACAGACCAAUGAAGGCAACUGCUUUUCCUACAGAAGUCAAAGAUUUGACCAAGAGGCUCCACACUGUUCUUAUGGCCACUGUCCAAAUGAAGGAACAUGAGAAAAACCCCGAGAUGUUGGUUGACCUCCAAUACAGCUUAGCCAAGUCCUAUGCCAGCACGCCAGAGCUCAGGAAAACAUGGCUCCACAGUAUGGCCAAGAUUCAUGUAAAAAAUGAAGACUUUUCAGAGGCUGCCAUGUGCUAUGUUCAUGUAGCAGCUCUGGUUGCAGAAUUUCUUCACCAAAAGAAAUUAUUCCCUAAUGGAUGCUCUGCUUUCAAGAAAAUCACUUGGAAUAUAGAUGAAGAGGGUACAAUGAAAGAGGAUGCAGGAAUGAUGGAUGUCCAUUACAGUGAAGAAGUUUUAUUAGAGUGUCUAAAACAAUGUGUGGAUGGUUUAUUCAAGGCACAUCGUUAUGAAUUGGUUUCUGAAAUUACCAAGAUAAUCGUCCCAAUUUAUGAGAAGCGCAGAGAGUUUGAGAAUCUUACUCGUAUCUAUGCAACUCUUCAUGACGCUUACAAAAAAAUUACGGAGUUUAGGUACCCAGAAAGAAGACUUUUAGGUACUUUCUUCAGAGUUGCCUUUUAUGGCCAAUCUUUUUUUGAAGAAGAGGAUGGAAAGGUGUAUAUUUAUAAAGAGAGAAACAAUACUGGACUCUCAGAGAUCUCCUCGAGACUAGUUAAUCUUUAUGGUGAAAAAUUUGGCACAGGAAAUGUCAAGCUACUAAUGGAUCCAAACAAGGUUAACGUCGAAGAACUUGAUCCAAAAUUCGCUUAUAUCCAACUCACUUAUGUGAAGCCAUACUUUGAUGACAAAGAACUCACAGAAAGAAAGACAAACUUUGAACAAAAUCAUAAUAUUAACAGAUUUAUUCUUGAGGCUCCAUAUACCUUAUCAGGCAAAAAGCAAGGCCUUGUGGAAGAACAGUGUAUACGCCGUGUAAUCUUAACUACAUCAAACACAUUUCCCUACGUGAAGAAGAGGAUUCCUAUAAUCUGUGAACAGCAGUUUAAUUUAAAACCAAUUGAUGUUGCUAUUGAGGCAAUCAAAGACAAAACUGAAGAGUUGCAGGAGCUUUGCUCCGCUGAUGAUGUAAAUAUGAUUACACUUCAACUUAAAUUACAGGGCUGUGUUUCUGUGCAGGUCAAUGCUGGUCCAUUAGCUUUUGCAAAUGCUUUCUUAAGUGAAAAUCGAGCCAGCAAGUAUCCACCUAAUAAAGUAAAUGAAUUGAAAGACAAGUUUAGGAAAUUUAUGCAAGCUUGUAGCAUUGCACUUGAGAUAAAUGAGCGGCUAAUUAAAGAGGAUCAAAUUGAAUACCACGAAGAGCUAAAGUCAAGUUUCAAAGACAUAGAGAAAGAAUUGUCUGACAUUAUCCAUGAGCAGGUUUUACAAGAAGACACAGUGCAUUCUCCCUGGAUGAGCAACACUUUGCAUGUGUUUUCUGCAAUUAGUGGUACAUCGAGUGACAGGGUUUAUGGUUCACCAAGAUAAGCUGAUGUAUGAGGAAAAGUGGGUGGCAAUGGGAAUGGGAAUGGUAUAUCUCAGGAAUAUUUGGAGCUCUACAAAUGUUGACCUUGAGUGAUUAGACAUAUAUGUGGAGUGUUUUCUCCUGACACCAAGCUUUUCAUGCAGGGUGCUUACAUAUUUUGUAACUGUUCAAGUAACUUAAAAGUGCCUGGAAAUUUGCACCACUGUGCUUGGUUUUUAUUUUUUUUAUUUUAUUAUUUUUAAGAACUUUUUGAAAAAGUUUAAACACAAUGUAUCCCUUUUAUUUCUUAGGUACUGUACUUUUUUUAAGUUAAGUCUAGAUGCUAAAGUGUAGGAGCUCAGAAAUUGUUAAUUUGUUUUGCUUAAUUAUUGCUUAUCAUUCUGGUACUAUAUAGAAUUGUUUAAUGGAACACAAUAAAAAAAUAAAAAAAGAAGUGAAGG